ACAUCAGCUGAUUGGUCGAUGUUGGUGUUCUACGUCAAAAUUGUUUUGCUGUCAUUUUUGCGGAGUUGAUGAGGAGUUGUCGGUAUCGUAAUUAGGAAUGGAUUUAGAAAGCGAAAGAGUCCUGAAACUCAUAUUUCCCAAAGGGGUUCCGGAGUCACUGGAAAACCGGCCGGAACUCUUCUCAUAUCUGGAAAAACUUGGCACCUACAAAGUCGAGCAGCUGAAAAAGGAGGAGUCUCGUCUCGAAGAGGAAAAUAAGUCAAUUAUUGAGCAAACGCAGGAUUUAGCGAUAUCAAAUUACAAAACCUUCAUCCAAACAUCUGAAUGCUCGCGGCAGAUUUUCAAUGAGUUCCAGAGGACUGAGACCCGUGUCGAUGCCCUCAUAGAGAAGUUGCCCGAGUUCAGUCAGAAAUGCGAGAAGUUUUUAAAUGAAACGAGCGAAAUAAAUGCGAAAAGACGCCUCAAUUCCAUAACAUUGAAAAGAAAUGCGCAGUUGCUGGAAAUUUUAGAGCUUCCACAACUGAUGGAGCGGUGCAUUCGGGAGGGACGGUACGAAGAGGCCCUGGAACUAGCCGCGUAUGUGCAGAAGCUGGGACAAAAACAUGGUGAAAUUCCGGUUAUAAAUAACAUUGUGGUCUCCAUCGAAGCAUCAUGGCAUACGAUGCUCGUUCAGCUUUUGGCUCAGUUGCGGACAGAUCUUCAACUGCCCAGGUGCUUACAGGUCGUUGGGUACUUGCGGCGGAUGCAGGCGUUCGGCAACGCAGAAUUGAAGUUGAAGUUCUUGCAGGCCAGAGAUGCGUGGCUGUGUGAUGUUUUGAAUUCCAUUCCCAAAGAUGAUCCUCAACAACAUUUGACGAAGACAAUCGAGCUAACGAGGAUAAACGUUUUCAAUAUCAUCACUCAGUAUAAGGCCAUUUUCCCGGACGAUAAUAUUCCAACGUCAGCUGGAGAUUUGGCGUCGGGCGAAGGUAGCAGGAUAUUCCACGCUUGGUUGCAUAGAAAGAUUGACAACUUCCUACAAACACUGGAAAUGGAUUUGCAACGUGGAGUUUCAUCAUUAGAUGCUGUUCUCGGUCAAUGUAUGUAUUUCGGACUUUCAUUCAGCCGUGUUGGGGCUGAUUUUCGUGCACUAAUGGCACCAAUUUUCGUGCGUGUAAUUUUGCAAAAUUUCAAUAACCACAUAAGAAAGGUGAAUCAGGACUUCGAAUCAGAUCUUGAAAAGUACACUCUCAUCAAUAAAGUAACUUCCGGAAUCCAUCGUCGCAAAGAAGAAAUCACUCCAACAGAUUCAUAUUCUCCGCCGGAAACUCUUCUUGAUUAUCAUCCACUAGCGUCGUUAUGUAAUGGAUACUUGAACGUAUUGAAUGAUCUACGUUUAUGCGCUCCCAUCUCUUUGGCAAUUGAUGUUACGCGAACAUUAGAGAGCUCGCUUAAGACAGUGGCGAAAAAUAUUUUAUUGUUUUACAAGCAGGAGCAACAAGCUUUCACUGGAAAUGAACGCGAGAGUUUUGUGAAGCUUUGUUCCUGUUUCGCAUACGAUUUGAUACCAUACAUCCAGCGCUGUGUCCACGCAAUUUUCCCACAGUCUACACUGACCAAUCAUCUUGGAAUCAAUUUGAUAACACUUCAAAAGGAGAAAAUAACAUUUUUUGAUCAGAAAGAUAUUCUGGACCCAUUAAAACAUCUGCUUCCAGAUAAAAUUGACGUUAUUUUGAUGCAAACACAAGAGGCAGUGUUAACAAGUGUCUCGGCGCCUGUUGUAACAACAGUACAACAAGAAACGUAGAUUCGUUUUUAUUACAUUCAAUAUUUUAUUUAUAUAUAUUGUAUUAUAUUCUGAUUAAUAAAAUUAAAA